AUGAGUGCUCCGCCUCUACCGCUAAAAGAUAAAAUCACCGCAGCCGUUUACGGCGCUACGGGAACCGAGAACCCUAUCACUGCCUUCUUCAAUGCUUGGAACAGCCUUGGCCUCGUCGAUGAUUACAAGCGCUUUGUCCAUGAACUUGAGAGAGCUCUGAAGAUUGAACUUGACAAUGAAAGAAUCCGAGCCACGAUCUCUGGCCGUGUCAAGUCCAACUCGUCCAUCGAGAAGUCCAUACAACGUCGUCAAGCAGUCCAAGGAAGAAGCUACACUAAUCUAGAUGAGAUCUUUCAAGGUAUACAUGACCUUGUUGGUCUUAGGAUCGUUGUAGACUUCCCCUCCGGCAUACAAGCCGCCCAAGAACUUGUCCAAAAGUUUACAGUAGUGGGCAAGAGUGAUUUCUCUUCAGAUCGAGACCUUGGUCUGGAAUGGAAGCCCCGCUUUGGCAGUUUUGAGAGCACGAAUUAUCGUGUCAAGAUCCACCCGACGCCAGACCAUGCCCUUUACAUAUAUAGGGACGUCUUGAUUGAGAUCCAGGUUCUCAGUCUCGCAGAGGGUCUUUAUAACAAGCUAGCUCAUGCUCUGGUGUACAAGAAAGCCCCUGGUCAGCAGCUAUCUGUCAAAGAUCAAAAGAUCAUUGAUGUUGCACACGGCCUAUCUCUCUGUUAUUGGAUCUGUCUCUCAAGCAUGGAGGACCAGUUAGAGGGACAUGAAAUACCAGAGUCGGUGCGAAAGUUUGGCGUCGAUGGAAAGGACACCGACACUGAACGAAACAUGUUGGAACUUGUCAAAGCUACACCACGCUUCCCGUCGUCUGAUGGAACUGUUUCAAAGAGCAUCUUGUUGGAGUUCAUCCGCGAGAGCCAAACACAACAAACUCAGUCAUUUGACGAGCGUUUUGACAAGCUUGUUCAUGUAGUCAGAGAUGCAGCCCAAACGACCAUCAACAAUUUCGGCCCAGGGCAUACAAGCAAUAGCUUUGAGAAUAUCAGUAACUCUUCUGGAUUCGGACAUGUCAAUCACGCACCAGCAACUUACAAUUACUACACUGAGAAUCCAAGCUCUAGUAGCAAAUAUGUUAAAGCACUAUUUAUCACGGACCCUCGAGUCGACAAGGAUGAGAUUCAGGAUGAGAAAGGUGGCCUACUCAUGGUGUCUUCGGAUUGGAUCUUGCAACACAAGGAUUUCACAGAAUGGGAUCGCGGUGAUACACCGGGUAUCCUCUGGAUCAACGGCGAGCCCGGAAAGGGCAAGACAAUGCUGAUGUGCCGCAUAGUCGAUGAGCUGAACUCGAAACCAAUGUUAUCAUACUUUUUCUGCAAGGCUAACGAGCCAAGCAACAACAGCGCCACUUCAGUCUUACAGGGCUUGCUGUACUUGCUGAUCCAACAGGACGAUGUGGCGGCACGUUGUUUUGAAACCGAAUGUCAAAGAUAUGGUCCACAGUACUUCGAGAACAAGACAUUCACCCUAUCCCAGUUGCGAAAGAUUUUCCGAUCUGUACUCGCGGCUCUCAGUCACAGACAUGUCUGCCUUGCUGUCGAUGCCCUCGACGAAUGCGUGGAAGGACAGAGAGAACUAUUAGAAACCAUCACAGAGAAUUCUCGGCUACCACACGUAAAAUGGAUUGUUUCAAGCAGACCUAAGCCUCUUAUCACAGAGCAUCUUGAGAGAGUCUCAGCAAGCAUCAACCUGGAACAGAACGAGAGUUCCGUCUCCGGAGCAGUUACCGAAUAUAUCAAGCACAAAACAGCAGCUCUCUUCGACCUGAAGCAAUACGAGGAGACGAUGAUGCAAGGUGUUAUGGAAAUCCUGUCCUCCAAAGCCCAAACUACUUUUCUAUGGGUCUCUUUAGCUUGCCAGAUGCUCGCAAACAGGGAGAGCUUCGAUCCCGUGGGUUUGCUUCGUGACUUCCCUUCUGGUCUUGACUCCCUCUAUGGCACGAUGUUGAAAGAGAUCCGAUCCGCCAGCCGCUCCAAGCUCUAUCAACAGAUCAUAGCAGUUGUGUUGACAGUACUCCGGCCUGUUUCACUACAGGAACUCCAGUUACUGAGCCCAUUGUUUCCCAAGCCAUUACGAGACGAUAAAAUGAUCGAGGUCAUACAAUACUGUGGUUGCUUUCUCAGUGUGCGGGAUUCUUUCGUUCAUUUCGUUCACGAAUCCGCAAAAGACUUUCUCUUGAAUCCUGAGUAUGGCUUCGGUUAUGAUUCGGAAGAGCAGCAUUUUGAAAUACUGAUGACUUCACUCACUCUUAUGUCUGAACUGUGUUUCACAAAUGACCUUGAAGCAGUGAAGUACCCAUGCACCCAAUGGGCAUUUCACAUCUCACACUGCGGCCCUGAGAUCCAGGCUCGCGAGCUGAGAGACGGAAGCCAUAUUGAUAAGGUUCUACGAGAAUCCUAUCUUGAAUGGUUCAAGGUAUUAGGCUGCCUGCAUACAGUGCCUCAGGGAAUAUUUUGUAUGCUGGAGUUGAGGCGCAGAAUUUCUGGACAAGUUUCUGCUUUUGCUAAACUCGUAAAGGAAGAAGCUCAGUUUAUGCAGCAUCAUAAUUCCGGCAUUACGCAAUCUCCAAAUGUAAUCUAUGGAGCACUGGUUUUCAGCCCGACGUCUAGCAUCAUCAGGAAAAUCUACGGCGAAAAGGAACCAAAAUGGAUCACACUGAAACCAGACGUGGAUGAUUUGACAACCCCGAUACAAUCACUCGAGGGGCACACCGAUGAGAUUCGUGAUAUAUCUUUCUCUUAUGACGGUCGCCUAUUAGCUUCAGCUGAAGACGAAACCAUUCGGUGGUGGAUUCGGUCGCCUUUUGUCGAUCAAACUAUCGGCUUGCGUCCGCUUCCACAAAUACUAUUAUCAUAUGGAAUGCGAAAUAUGGAAGGCGCCUAA